CUGCGCGCGUUGGACUGGAGACCGUGGAAUGAUUUCAAUGUGAUUCAGCGCCACAAGCAACGUGGGUGUUGUGCGUGCAUGCGAGCUGUGUGUUUGCGUGUGUGUGGUGUUUUCCUUUUUAUGUUUUUUUUUUGUAUUCAUUUUGUGUGUGUGUGUGUGUGUGUGUGUGUGUGUGUGUGUGUGUGUGUGUGUGCGCGCGCGCGCGCGCGAUGAGGAGCAGAGGAAGAGGUGGGAGCAGCAGCUAUGAAGCGCGUGUCAUCUCUCCUCAAUUUCACCUGUAUGAACGACCUUGCAAUUGUGACCGAAAUGUUCCUAAAAGGCUUUCUUUGGAGGAUACAUGUGUCGCCCUUUCCCUGAGAGCUGAAUCUGCUCGUUGUUGGUCUCAAGAUACUCUAAGAUAAGAGGUCAAGCGCUGUCUUGCCAGGAUCACAAGUGCCAUUUCAAAGCUUAUUGGAUGAAAGUGUCAUUUGCCCUUGGUUGCCAAAGAUGACGUUGCCAUGGAAACAGCUUCUACUCUUAUCGAUCAUCGAGUGUUUGGCAGAUAGUCUGGACAGCGGGUUGUACCAUGGUCCAAGAUGGAGGAUGGAGCCUGGUGAUCUGUUUAUUCCCAUAGACACCCUAGAGGAAGAGGCUACUCUAACUUGUGACGCCAAGAGUACCCCGCCUCCUCAGUACAGAUGGUCGCUGAAUGGGACUUUCAUAAAUCUAACCCUGGAUCGCAGGCGGCGUCUGUCAGGGGGCAACCUCAUUCUAAGCAGCCUGGACCGCUACCAGGAUGUAGGUGUCUACCAGUGUAUGGCCUACAACACUGCAGGAGCAAUCCUCAGCAGGAGAGCACAUCUCGAGUUUGCCUACUUGGAUCAUUUCAAAGUCCACAUUAGAAGCGCUGUGUCGGUCCGAGAGGGACAAGGAGUGGUGUUGCUUUGUGGAACGCCCACUUCCUCAGGAGAUCUUACAUACGCAUGGGUCUUUAACGAGUAUCCAUACUUCGUACAGCAAGACAAUCGCCGCUUCGUCUCUCAGCAGACAGGAAACCUUUACAUCGCUAAAGUGGAGCCGUCCGACGUAGGCAACUACACUUGUGUAGUGAUGAACAGCAUCACAAAGGGCAAAGUGCAUAGCUCGCCUACAUCUCUCAUCCUCAGGACAGAUGGAGUGAUGGGCGAAUACGAGCCAAAAAUAGAAGUUAAUUUUCCAGACAAUGUACCCGCCGCAAAAGGAUCAACAGUUACGCUGGAGUGUUUUGCUCUCGGGAAUCCUGUUCCAGAGAUCACCUGGAAGAGGGCCAAUGGAGUUCCAUUCCCCAGCAAAGUCAAAAUGAAGUAUGCCAAUGCAGUACUGGAGAUCCCCAGCUUCCAGCAGGAGGAUACAGGAGGAUAUGAGUGUGUGGUUGAGAAUAAGAUGGGCAAAAAUACAGCCACAGGUCACCUGGCUUUCUAUGCCAAGCCUCAGUGGAUUCAGACCAUGAAGGACACAGCCCUGGCCAUAGAGGAGAAAUUGGACUGGGAGUGUCGGGCCAGCGGCAAACCCAAACCUAUUCACACGUGGCUGAAGGAUGGCCAGCAGCUGCACUCCAGGGACAGGAUCCUUGUGAAGGACGGCGCUCUGUCCGUGUCUGUGCUAACGCUUUCCGACGCCGGAAUGUACCAGUGUGUGGCCGAGAAUGAGCACAGCAUUAUAUAUUUUGCUGCUGAACUAAUGGUUUUAGCCUCCCCUCCAGACUUCACAGGGACUGUCCUCAGAUCUUUGUUAAAGGCCAAGGCAGGAAGUACAGUGACAUUGGAGUGUAAACCCCAAGCAUAUCCCUUGGCCAGCAUUUUAUGGAAGAAAGGAAACCUUCCUAUUCUCACCAACAACAGGAUCACCCUUUCACCAGAUGGAACACUGAGGCUUGCCAAUGUGAAUAAGUCUGACGCAGGGAGCUACACAUGUUUCGCGAGGAAUAGAUUUGGCAUGUCGAGUACAACUGGAAGACUCCUGAUUACAGAUCCAACCAGAUUCACCCAGAGCCCAGUUGACAUGGAAAUCAUCGUAGGCGAGAGCAUCGUGUUACCCUGUCAGGUGACCAGCGAUCCGGUCCUGGACGUUUCCUUUUCAUGGGCCUUUAACGGACAGCUCAUUGCCAUUGACAACGGUCACUUUGAGCUGGUGGGCGGGAGAACUUCAGGAGAUCUGAUGAUCAGGAAUAUUCAGCUAAACCACACGGGAAAAUACAUCUGUGUGGUGGACACGGAUGUGGAAAGCCUCUCAGCCGUGGCCGUAUUGAUCGUGAAAGGCCCGCCCAGUCCACCAGAGUCUGUGACAGUGGAGGAGGUGACAGACAGCACAGCCCAGCUGGUGUGGAGCCCCGGACGGGACAAUGGGAGCCCCCUCAUCAAUUAUAUCAUUCAGACGAGGACGCUUUUCACUGUGGGCUGGCAAAGGGUUAACACUGUUCCAGAGACAAUCGACGGGAGCACGCUGACAGCCACUGUGGUGGACCUUAAUGCCUGGGUGGAGUAUGAGUUUCGAGUAUUGGCAAGAAACAGUGUGGGAGUUGGGGAACCCAGCACUGUGUCAGUCAAGACAAGGACAGAGGAUGCAGUCCCUGAUGCAGCGCCAGGUGAUGUUGGCGGAGGAGGCGGAAGGAGGUCAGAGUUGGUCAUCACAUGGGAGCCUGUCCCUGAAGAACUACAGAAUGGCGAAAGUUUUGGUUACAUCAUUGCUUUCCGCGCCUUUGGAGAAGUCAGCUGGACCCACGUGGCCACCUCUGCCCCUGGCGCAUCCCGCUAUGUGUACCGCAAUGAAAGCAUUGCGCCCUUCUCCCCCUUCCAUGUCAAGGUUGGCACAUAUAACAGCAAAGGGCAGGGUCCCUUCAGCCCCGUGGUCACCAUCUACUCUGCAGAGAUAGAGCCAAGUGGGGUGCCAGUGGGAGUUUGGGCCAGAAGUGUCUCAGCUCAUAAGAUCGAGGUGAACUGGCAGGCUCUCUCCUUCACCCCUGAAAGGGCUCUCGGCUAUGAGGUGGUGUACUGGGAAGAUGACACAAAACCAGAAACCAUGGGAAAGGUUCGGGUACCGUGGAACCACACCUCGGUUACAGUUAGUGGCUUGGCAGGGCACACACAGUAUUUCCUGACUGUCAGCGCCUUCAACACAGCGGGCACCGGCCCCUUCCUUCCUGCAAUCAACGUUACCACCAAAAAACCUCCACCAUCCCAACCACCAAUGGAUGUUGAAUGGACUCUAAUUGGCUCCCAACUUUCUCUUUACUGGGAGCCUGUGGUGGCACUGGAGUCCGAAUCAGAAGUUACAGGUUACCAACUGUCGUACGGGAGAAGUCAACACAAAGAUGUAAACACGUUCACAACAACCAAUUCAACAGCUGAGCUGACUCUCCCUGAGGUCGACGAUGAAUACAUCAUUCACGUUCAGUCCCUGAGUGAAGGAGGCCUGGGCCCUGCUUCAGAUGCCAUUCGAGUUCACCAGCUUAGUAUGAGUGCUCGCGGCUCGAGAGCCUUGAAUGCAGACGCAUCGCUGCCCUGCCUGCUCCUCGCCAUUGCAAUGUCAACAUUCAGAAUGAUGCAGAUGCCUUACUUCCAUUCAUUCGCCACCGUAAUUUCAGCCUUCCUUUCAUUAUCGUGGCAAGCACAGACUCUCAUUAACGAAGAUCUUUGUGUAUUGCGGACAACCUCGAUGAGAAGUGAUGUUUUGUAUUUUGGGGUUUUCCUCCCUCUUGGCAAGAUCUGAAUUGGCAAGCAGGAGCACAAUCCUUCACAAGCGCCCGUGCCUUUCAAGCUCAUUGACAGAGGAGAACGACACUUACAGCCAUCUUCAUCUUUACUUGCUUGCUGGCAGUCCAGUCCCAGAUUCCAACUCAUAAAAGUCAAUUUACCUUGUAUGAUCUGAUUAUGGAGCGCUACGUUUAGCGUGAGGGCUCCUCAAGGUUUUUAUGCUUCAGAGCAGUCCUUGUGCUUUCCUUCAAACUGAUGGAUUGGAUUUUGCUGUGCAUUUACCAAGACAACAUCUGUAGGGAGAUUGAGCCAGAGAGGUCUACAAGUACCACAGCCGUGCUAAAACAAUCAUACUUUUAUAGUUUUGGUUGGAGUGGUGAGGAUCGAUACAUCACGAGGUAAACUCUGACAAAUAGAUGGUCCUUUAUAUUACAGCACUUAGUAGUAUAAAUAUUGAGAUAUCACAACUAAACAUUGUGACCAAAAUAAUGACUAGGUCAUGUGCUGAUGUAUUUUUGAUCUCGCGAACACAAUGGGCCAAAAACAAAGGCUCAUUGCUACAAUUUGUAUGCAUUCCGUGUAUGUUAUGUAAGGUAAACAGUGGUCAGUGGACUCAAUCCAUAUGGAAGGCCUCCAUAUUACUGUGGGUAUUCAAGAUCAGAAAUGGAAUACAACGGAAACAAAAGGAAAUAGAAGUAUGGAGAGAUUAGGCAGUUAAACAUUUGAAAGUAAAGUGUUUUGUGUUUAUACCAUCAUGCCAUAAUAAUUUGGACAGUUUAUAUUUCCAUUACUGGUAAAAGAAAAUAAUAAUAAUUAAGUCCAGCAUAAUUACCAAUAAACCAAUUCCAUCUUGCCUGUCUUUAUCACCAACAUUAUUCUAAUCAUAUUUACCUUUCAUAAUACUAAUGGUUUUAUUAAACUCGCAGCACUUGGAAACCCCUAUUUUAUUAUUACUAAAUAGUUGUUCAUUUUCCCCAUUACUGUAUUUUAAUGCAUCGUACCUACAGUAUAUCAUUAGUCUUUGUAUUUGGCCUGUUUUAUUUUGCACUGAAUACAUUCCAAAAGGGUUCAUUUCACAUAUCGGGCGGAAUCCUUGCAUCUCCAAAAUGACUACUUUUCAGGAAAAAAGAAAAAAAACAAAAAAAACAUGCAUUGUUCAAGUUGGCAUGAUACAUCAUCAUCUAUUAUAUACUAUUGCGCACCAACCGCAAACACAACACCACCCCAAAAUGAUGUUCAAUCUGUAAAUUAAUACACUGAAAAAAACACAUUUAUUUAUUAACCCUAACCCAUCAUAGUCUGUACUCACACCGACAGCCUGUGCCAAACUCUUUUUUCAAAUACUUUAUAGCCAUAAGUGAUGCAAUAAAUAAAACGAUGAGUUGAUGAAGUAAUAGGGGGAAUUUAAUUUGCACACUAAUUUACCUUUGUGGCUGACGGGCUUCCUUCUGCACUGAAGCAUAACAGCAAUACAUGUUUAGCAAAACAGGCUUACUCAAAUGUAUCUAACCUAGAGGUGCAACAGUUAAUUGAUUCAUCGACAACUAAUCGAUUAUAGAAUUAAUAGAAAGCUAUUUUGAUAAUUGAUUCAUCGUUUAGGGACCUUAUUUCACUUAAUAUUGUCCAAAUCCUCAGAAAUUCAGCCUCUCAACAGUAAAUAUUCUCUGAUUUAAGUAGUCCUCCAUAAAAUCAUAUUAUCUUUGUAUUGAGUAAAAAUUGAAAAAAAAACAAAAAGACAUUUGCAAAAAUCUGCUUUUUACUUUGGAAAACCAUGAUCAAUAUAUUUGCCUAUUUUCUGACUUGUUUUCUGACCCAAACCAACAACUUAAUCAUAAUCAGUUGUUUGUGCAGCUCCUACACUGUCAAUUUGCAAUAAUUAAUUAAUUAAUAGUUUUUGAAUAAAGGGAUGGAAUUUUUUUUAUUUUAUGUCUUUCAUCUAAUUCUUCGAGCAAUCGGGAAAAAAUAAUCGACAAAUUAAUCAAUUAUUAAAAUAAUCGUACCAGUCCAGGGUGUACCCUGCCUCUCGCCCAGAGUCAGCUGAGAUCGGUUCCAGCAGACCCCCGACCCUAGUGAGUGUAAGCGGUACGGAAGAUGAAUGAAUAAAUAAAAUAAUCGUUAGUUUCAGCCUUCAUCCAACCUAACACUUUCACUUGGACGACUGGUUAGAGCGUCAGGCUCACAGUUCUGAGGACCGGGGCCGGGGGCUUCAAUCCCCGGCCCCGCCUGUGUGGAGUUUGCAUGUUCUCCCCGUGCCUGCGUGGGUUUUCUCCGGGCACUCCGGUUUCCUCCCACAUCCCAAAAACGUGCAUUGAUUGGUGACUCUAAAUUGCCCGUAGGUGUGAAUGUGAGUGCGAAUGGUUGUUUGUUUCUAUGUGCCCUGCGAUUGGCUGGCAACCAGUUCAGGGUGUACCCCGCCUCCUGCCCGAUGAUAGCUGGGAUAGGCUCCAGCACGCCCGCGACCCUAGUGAGGAGAAGCGGCUCAGAAAAUGGAUGGAUGGAUGGAUGGAUGGAUGGAUGUUAUGGACCAAUCCAGUCACUGAAUCAUUUUCAAUUGAUGGAGAAAAUAAUAGUCAGUUUAAUUUAGUAAGGAAAUAAUCGUUAUUUACAGCCAUAGCAUGAAUUAAACGUAAUUGACAUGUAGUUGAACUUCAAGCAUCCUCAGAAGUGUUUAUCAAACUAGUAGCCUUUCAAAUUAAUCAGGACCCCAGUAACAGCUGUCAGUUUAAAAAAUGUUGGUGAGUGCCACAUCACUAAUGCUAAAUUGUUGUUUAUUUGGUUUUGUUUAAUCAUUAAACAAUGCCAAAUAAGCAACAGUAAUGAGGAAAAAUAUGAUUUUGGAAUAAACUAUAGUGCAAAAUAAAUUUGUAUUUGAUGAAUCAAUGGAAUGUUCGCUAGAAAUAAUCGAUUUUUAAAAUAUUCGAUAGACACGGCCCUAGAACUAUUAUGCUCUGACUUGACCCCCAAAUGCUCAACAAAUUACAGCACAAAAUAGCAUUUCUAAGGCAAAAUGUAAUGGUUUAAGUGCAACAUUUUGAAGUGCGGUGUGUGUUGUGGCGGAAUAUUAGUAAAAGUCCAGUUCCAAGCAUAAUAUGGUGCUUGACUUUUAGUACGUCCUACUAAAUUCUUGCAAGAACAAUUCAUUGUAUUUCUUUUCUCUUUCACCCCCUCCUGACAAAUCAUGUGGUCAUAUAGCUUCAAAUUACAGCCGCCUACAUUGUUAGCUAAUGUGUAGGAAGACAGUGAACAGCAGAUACAAGGGAAGAGUACGCUUCACACUCCAAUUUUACAAAAGUACUUUUCCAAGCAUUAAUGUUAGUUGUCGGCCACAGGUGUAAUGGCAGUGUUUCAUUAUCCCAGGGUUUUGACUGGCGAUUUGCCAAAGCAAUUUGAAAAUGUCACUUUGAGUUCUAGAAAAACUGUUACAAGUCUUCUCUGUGCCCAUUCAUGACAUUUUUGUCCAAUAAGACAUGCACUCAACAUAUUAAUCAAUAGUGAAAUCCAUCUGGGCGACGCCGUUGUCCAGUCACUCAGUUGCGCAUUAUCAUUGUUUGCAGUCAGCAGGAGAAUUUUCAAAUGCUGCCAAAAAACAAAAAAAUACGCCAGUCUGAUCACUGCAAUCUCGCCACCGGCUUAUUUGGCAAAUUGUAUGUUCAGCUGUGUUUAUCACAUUGUGAAUCUGUCUGUUGGAUUGUCUUCUUUAUGUGUGAUAUUUGUCGUCAUUGUUUGUUGUAUUCAAGAUGGCCACACCUACUUCAUGUUUUAAAUGUCCUUUUAACGGCCAGAGAGGUUAGAUCAGAUAUACGACAACAUGUGCCAUGCGGCUCCAUUUAAACACUGACUUGAUGAAUGGAGAAUCCUGACAGAUCCCAGUAUUUAGCAGACAUUAAAACAGCUUAAUAAAUUAGAGCAGUCCUGAAGGGAAGUAAUGGCGCACAGGACAAAUGUGUCAAGAUUUCGGAAGAAAUACAUUAACCAGCAUUCAUGUGUGUGCAUGUGCGUAUGUGUGUGCGUGUACAUGCGUGCAAGCAUCAUUACCGAUCACGACUAGUUUGGAAUAGCAUGUUUCUCUGAAAUUAUUAACUUCAAGUACAAAGGGACACAUUUGAAGGCCAUGAUAUUUGCAUAUGAGAACACAAUGUUUCAUUCCAUUAUUCACAUUUGUUGUUCUUGUAUCUUUGUAUGCUGUUCUUUUGUGUACAUUAUUAUAUUAAGGAAUGUCAUUUUACCAACGUUUACAUGGGAAACAUAUUUCUGUUUUUUAUGAUUCUGUAUUGAACGGUAAAAAAAAAACAACAACUAAUUUUUUUCUGCGUGUUUUGGGUACAUUGAAGCAAUGGCGACAUCUUUGUUUUUGUAAAGUAGCAGUACUGUGGCGAUGUUUUAAUGAAUUAAUGUGAGCGCUCCCAAGCUCUUGCACUGUUUGUUUUUCUGACCUUGAUUGUUUGGAUUUUUGUUUUCUUUAAAAAUUCUGCACAAAGAUCAAGUGUUGAUGUAAAAUAAAUAACAAUGUGGCGGCAAAAUUCUGCACAUUUGUUUAGAUUUGAAGCAGCAUUCCCUUGCGGGAAGACUAAAAACUAUGGUUUGUCACUUAGAAAAAUUCAAAAAUACAUGAGCAGAAAGUAACAUUUCUUUUGGUCAAUCCCAAAAGACAGCCUUUUAAUGCUUUUCAUUUUUGAUCAGAGAGAAAAAAAAAACUAAUUACGAUGCAACAAAAUGACAACGCUUGGCCUUUCUGUUCACUCUUGUGUAUUUUGCCAUGCAAGUGAUCUCUGUGAGAUCGUGGCAGUCGUGUUUUCACAUUGGAAAGUCAUUACCUGAUCUUGAUAUGCUGAAGCUGUGCAUGUAUAAUAUUGUUUGGUGCAUUUGUGUUUUCUAAAUAAGGCAGUUAAUAAAAACAAACAAAAUCAA